AUGAAGGACGCACUCGAUGCCUGCCGGUAUGGACUCCGGGUAGGCAGCGCGAUGGCGCACACGUCAGGAGUGGUGUGGACUCAGACAAAUAUGCAGACUCGCUCAUGGCCUCGGUGCAAAUCCCUCUCUCGUCUCUCCCCCCCCCCCCCACGCACACACACACACACACACACUGGCGAAGGAACAGAGGUGUUUGCACCUACGCUAUCAAAAUCAUUGGAAACCGACGUGCACACACAAUCGCAUAUGGCGAAUGGUAGUGAAGAGGUGUUCUUCAUCGCCUCCUCGUCCUCCAGUGACGACGGGGAUGACAGUCGUCGAAGUACCGGCGUCACUCGUGGUGCACGUCGUUCCUCGGCUGAUGAUGCUUCUCCUCAAGGGAGCCACCUCAUGACAACCGGCAUGUAUGGGGAAUGUUGGCGAAGUCCAUACAACGCUACCCCGACCUCACCGACGAUGGAGGACGUCCUUUUCGAGCGUGCAUCACCAAAGCCGCGUUUGGCACCGCAGCAGCAGCACUCUCCUUCGGCCACGCUCACCAACGGCGUCAGUGACGGGACUUCUGUUAAGAUAAAAAGUGAUGCCGAGUUAGGGUUGAAGGGAACCGUUGCUGCACAGCGCAAUACUCCCGGGGCGAAGCCUGGUGCGGAUCAGGAAGACGAGGAGGCAGUCCCUUACGCCGGUGGAUCCCCGUGUGCGAUGCCAGCGACGCAGUUGACGCCGCCGCCUCGCACCCUGGCUGAGCUGCGCAGCAUGACCUCCGCGGACGUGCGGGAGGAGCUGGAGCGCUUCUUCGCUCGCAAAGACGCUCAUGCAAGACGCUUCAAGUCUGUCGAAACCGCGCUGUUUGGUGUGGCCCCUAAGGAAGGAUGCGUCCCCCCCACUUCGCAGCCAACAAGGGAGGAGUUACUAGCGCGUGACCGGUGCAGGCGACUCGUGAAUGUGAGCAACUGGGACUGUGCGGUCUGCGGCUACAGCCAGUGGGAUGUUCUGCUACCCUCGGCGCUGCUGCGCAACUGUGCUGUUGCUCCUACCGCCACUACUUUGUGUGCUCCUCGCACGCUGCGCCCACACCAAGUUGAAGGUAUUCGGUUUUUGUGGAGUGUGCUGGCGGAGGGACCAGUGGGACAGGUGCCUGCCGUGGGGUGCAUUCUCGCACACACGAUGGGGCUGGGAAAGACAGCGCAAGUGAUCGUGUUUUUGCAUCUCUUCAUGGUCUCCUUCCCGCGGUACCAUGAAAGGAUCUCGUCACCAUCGAGACGAUGUAGCGGCUUGAAUGACCUCACUGCUGCCUCGAUAGGCGCGACAGCCGCGUCGUCGUCCUCAUCGUUGUCGCAGCGCAGAGCACGCGCGCUCAUCGUGGUCCCCAAAUCGACACAGUCCGGUUGGAAGCGAGAGUUUCGCACGUGGUCGGCCUGCUUCCCAGAGGAGCACCGCUUGCACCCAAUCUCCAUCCACGAAGGUCUACCAGCGCGCCAGCGAGUCGAUGUGUUUCAUGCGUGGCGCCGCGACGGUGGCGUGCUGCUGAUCGGUUACGAAGCCCUCGUGCGUCUCCUGCGGCUUGUGGAGACUGACAGCAUGCAGCGACCGCAUCCGUGCGUUGACGGAAGCGACGCAGGUGUCGACGGAGAUGCCGGCAGAAACGGCACUACUCAGCCAACGGCGCACGCCUUUCAUUUGGUGAACCGCACAGCAACGAUGUCGUCGCAGCAGCAGCACCGCAACGACGAAGGCGGUGUCACCUUCGGCGGUACUGCCGACCCGUUCACUGAGCUCGUCGUGUGUGAUGAGGCCCACCGGUUGAAGUCUGUGAACCUGCACGUCGUCACGGCACUCCGCGGCCUCCACCCGCUGCGCCGCCUUCUCCUUACGGGCACACCGCUUCAGAACCACCUGCAGGAGUACUGGGCCAUGAUUGACUUUUGCGUCCACAGGUACUUCAGCCGCAAGCGCUUCCAGGAGUACUUCAUUCAUCCAAUCGAGGCCUCGGCAAACACGCGCGCCUCGGUGGAGGUGGUGGACGUUGCGCGCAAGAAGACCUUCACGCUGAUCAACGAGGUGCGCCACUUUGUGCAGCGUGUUGAUAGCACCCCUCUGCGCUCGGAGCUGCCACCAUUGCACGAGUACAUCGUCGUCGUGCCUCCGUCGCCUCUGCAGAAGGAGUUGUACCUGCGCUUCAUUCAGAUUGUCCAGCACGACGGCAGCGAAAAGGUGCAGUUCCUGCCAGCCGUGUCCUGCUCGGGCAAAAUUGCAGCGCACCCGCAGUUACUGUAUCAAAUGUCCGACCGGUUCCGGGAGGCGGAGCACAGCCCCACAACAUCCUCAGCGCGAGGUGGGGGAGCAAGCGGUCGUGGUGGGCGUGGCGUCCAGCGCGAUGCGCGCAGCCGCCACAUCGCAGGCGCCAAGCGCAGCAGCAACGGCAGUGGCGACGAUUGGGCUGUCACUACGACGGGACGCGAUUGUCAUCCUCUGCAGCAGCAUCGGCGCCAGCGUCAAGAGGCGGAGAAGCGGAUGGAUGGCAUGGCCGAGCAUGCUGUAGGUGAUCACAAGGACAAUACUCGCGUCGGGGAGCAAGAGGCAGUCGUAAUCACUGACUCGGAUGCGGAUUCGAAUUCCAGCUCCAGCAGAAACGACGGCGGUGACGAGGAACGCGUGUUUGCCCGUGCAACACACCAGUCCUUCUCUAGCGUCUACCCCGCUACCUCGCUCACCUACGAGGAGCUGUGUGUGCCGCCCUCGCCGAACUACACCCCACUCCUGGAGGAUGGUGUGAAGCUGCUGGUCGCCAUUAAGCUGGUCGUGGCUGCCAUGGCGCGGGAUGAGAAGGUUCUCUUGUUCAGUCUUUCCACGCAGCUUCUCACGUUCCUAGAGCGCAUGAUUGCGAAGGUGAACAUCGAGUGGUGCGGGCCGGUGUUGGGGUCACAGCAGCAACAGUACCCAAAGUCGCCCCGGCCGAUCCGCUAUUGCCGCCUGGAUGGUAGCCACAGCGCAGCGCAGCGAGCGGCGAUGCUCGACAACUUUGACCGGCCCGACGGCCCAGAUCUUUUCCUGUUGAGCAUGAAGGCCGGCGGCGUCGGCAUCACCGUCACCGCCGCCACGCGCGUCAUCCUUGUUGAUACGAGCUUCAACCCAGCUGACGACCAGCAGGCGAUUGGUCGCGCGUACCGAUAUGGGCAGACCCGUCCUGUGUAUGUUUACCGGCUCAUGUGCUACCCGACGCUGGAGUACAGCAUCUUCGCGCAGAAGCUGGCAAAGGAGUGGCUAUUCAAGACCGUGGUCGAGGAGUCGUCGGUCAAGCGCGAUGGGCUGUCUGGUAUGCACCUCCGCGAGCUCUUCUCCCUCCUCACAAAGGCUGCGAAGGUGCUGGAGAAGCCUCUCUCUGCGACGCGCGCGCAGACGCUGUCGACGCAGGAAGUGUUGCGCGAGGACCCAAUGCUCGCUGUCGCGCAGGCGGAAUUGCUCUACGCGCAGCGGUACGAGAUGUUUCUUGAGCACGACAUGAACGACCAGUACGGCGCUGCUGAGGAAGCAUUCUACCAUGACUACUGCCGCAACCGGUUGUUUGACACGGCCAAUGACAACGACGCCGAGAAGCGGCGCUUGGAGGAGCAGCAGCAACGACGGCAGCAGCGGAUUGAUGAGGCGGCCCAGCUGCAGGUUCAAUCAAAGACGCUCAUGAGUAUGGUGGAUGACAUCAUCCGGUCAAGGGCUGGGACAGACCCUCAGUUGGCGCGCCUUCUCACCGCGAUGGGUCUGCACGUGGACCCCAUCACCGGCCGCGUACAAUCAAGGAGGGAAGGCGCGAAUCCGAGGGACUCCAUCAGCAACGGUGAUGACCGGCGCCACGCAGCCGCCACUCUACGGCCUGAGGACAAUGGUGAGCGCUUUGCGCCGUCGCCUGUGCAACUCAUCGGCGGAACAGAUCCCUACCAGGUUAGCCAGGGACCGUAUCACGGCAGAGAUGCCUACACCGCACACAGUACAACGCAGACGGCAGUGCUGCUGGAUUCUGAUGAAGACUCAGGCGAUGUCCCCGCCCAGCCUCACAGGCACAAAGCGCACACUGGUGCCGCCAUCCCUUCAGUAUCAAACGCCGAGCUCAUUUCCUCGAGUCUUGCGCGUCAACCGUACGCGCUCUACCGCCCCGGUAGCUCCCCUGCGCACGCCGUCGAUGUCGACAGCGAUAGAUCGCAAUAA